GUGACGUCGAGGCUUUACGGUGGGGGUGUAAACCUAAAAACCGGUUCCAUCAUCAGCAAAGUCGGAUAGACGCUCAACGACUCACUGUGACGCAGAACAACCUGCUGACUUCAAUCCACACUACGCUUCAUCAUGUCUACGUCCGAGGUCACGUCUGGCGUCGGCUACGAGGAGUGCCGGGCCACGGCCGACUGGCUGCUGUCGCACACGCAGGUGCGCCCCACGGUGGGCAUCGUGUGCGGCUCCGGCCUCGGGGGCCUGGCCGAGAUGCUGAAGGAGCAGCAGGUCUUCAAGUACGGCGACAUUCCCAACUUCCCCCGGAGCACAGUGCACGGCCACGCCGGCCAGCUGGUGUUCGGGACGCUGAAGGGGAAGCCGUGCGUGUGCAUGCAGGGCAGGUUCCAUCUGUACGAGGGCUACCCCAUCCAGAAGAUCACGCUGCCCAUGCGAGUCUUCAAGCUGAUGGGCGUGGAGACGAUGAUCCUCACCAACGCGGCCGGAGGCCUCAACCAGGACUACAAGGUGGGAGACAUUAUGAUCAUCAAGGACCACAUCAACAUGCCGGGCUUUGCUGGGAUCAGCCCGCUGGCUGGACCCAACGAAGACAGGUUCGGCGUGCGCUUCCCAUGCAUGUCUGACGCCUACAGCCGCGAGCUGCGUCAGCUGGCCCACGACGUCGGAGCGGAGCUGGGCUUCAGCGACUUCCUGCAGGAGGGCGUGUACUGCGUGCUGGGGGGCCCGUCCUUCGAGACCAUCGCCGAGUGCCGCAUGCUGAGCAAGCUGGGCGCCGAUGCCGUGGGGAUGAGCACGGCCCACGAGGUGAUCGUCGCCCGGCACGCCGGCAUGCGCUGCUUCGCCAUGUCGCUGAUCAGCAACCGGGCGGUGAUGGACUACGACAGCCAGGAGAGGGCCAACCACGAGGAGGUGCUGGAGACGGGCCGGAUGAGGGCCGGGCAGAUGGAGAAGCUGGUGUCCACCAUGGUGGCGCGGAUGGAGCACAACAACAACAACAACUGCCUCUGAAGGCGCGAGGCCUGCGUUAGCUCAGCUCCAACAGGCUGGGUUCCUACUUGAUCAGCUGAUUUUUAGCAAAAAAGCUUUUUCUAUCUGUUACUAUGAGUCUUAAGGUCCUUAAAGUCCACAUUUUAUACACUCCUCAUCAUCAGCAUUUGGCUUGAUGGUUCGAUCACAGGUUCCUAACACUGUACUGUUUUUGCAAUUAGCAAAACUUUGCAAUUUUCACUUUAAUAAUUAUUAACUUAUAUUAAUUGUUUCAGUUCUUUUACAUUCCUCAACUACAAUAACAACUAAUGACCCUCACAGUGUUUAACGUAGAGGACGAUUGAUCGUAAAAUCUUUUUAGACGAAAGACGGCGAAAAUAAUUAUGUCAGAACUGUAAAUCAGGUGUAAAAUGUUUAUGAAAUAUUUAAAUUGAAUGUAUUUAAGUAAUAUUUUUAUUUUCUUUGAUAAUAUAUCUAGUGUUUUAUGGGCAUGUAUCAUGAAAUGGAGUAAACGGGACAGUUACCAAUAUACUGUAUUUAGUAUUUGCUUAGAUUGCAUUUUAUUGCUGACUAACUAGGCAUUUGACUUUUAGAGGCACUUCACUGAAAAUGGUACAAAUGAGAUUUUACAAUAAAAUGACUCCAGUUGAAAACAAA